UUUCCGGCCUUGUGUUCUCCUCACUACUGUCAAUUUCACCAUGUCAUUCCGCGUGCCAGAUCUCCCUGGAACAAGUGCCAGUGCCUGUCUUAAACGCAGGCGAUCAUUUUCAGAAGAUGAAGAAGAACAGAACCGACGCCAUCGCCCGUUUCCUGCUCUCUUUGCCAGUACAAGCAGUCGGCCACCCCUUGAACGUUCGCUUUCGAUCUCUGAUCUUGGUCUGGAAGUGACGGCCAGUAUCAGUGCAGCUCGGACUCGCUCCAGUACGACGAGCUCUUUGUCUCGAACGCGGUCUUUGACACGCGAAGACAUCGUCUUCGAUCGCGUCCGUGCCAAUUCUAGCGCGUCGUUCUCUCUCGACGCCAGCCCCUACCAACCAAUCAUCUCUCAUUCCUCCCAUACGUCUCGUUCGUCGUCACCCGCAGUUCCCUCCCUUCCCAAUAUCUCCGCGAAGUUCCAACUAAAACCGGACCGAGUUCUCAUCGAUUUCAACGUUUCCGCUGAAGACGCUACUGCGGGUGUCUCGCCCGUCUGCUGGUCCAGCAAGAACUUCCUUGUCUUCGGACGAGGGAAACGCGUACACUUUAAGAACAUGUCCAGUACCGAAGAGAUCACGCAGUUAUGCAAGAUCCGCGGCUCGCAAGGUAGUCUGAGACUGCUCGAGUCCGCGCCAUUGUCCCAUACCGUCGCAUUGUGCACGUCAAAGGGUCACAUCCAGUUGUAUGACCUCCCCACCAAAACGCUUGUUGGCUCCUGGCAAACUAAAGACGUGACCUCAAUGCAAUGGAACGGGCCUGUCCUUACCACUGGCGCGCAACGUGGGGUCAUCAGGCAUUUCGACACCCGGAUCCAGCCCAGUUCGAAGAUGAAGGAACAGACUAGGAAAGUUACCCGUCACCAAGCUAAUAUCACCUGUCUCGCCUGGCACAACGAGGGAAAACUUAUGGCGAGCGGAGACGAAAGUGGGUUGUCUCUUGUUUGGGACUCAAGAAAACCAGGUCAACCCAUGGACGUCGGCGAGACCAUUCAGAGACGGAAGAAAAUGCAACACGAUGGUCCUGUCUCGGCUCUUGCAUGGUGCCCCUGGUCUUCCAAGCUCCUUGCGAGCGGUGACUCGUCUCCCACUCAGACAGGCAUAAUCCGGUUUUGGGACGUGAAAGACAGCUCCACCUCAAGCAACCUCAUACGUCAGAUCGACCUCGAUGCCCAAAUUACAUCCCUUCAUUUCAGUGAACACGCAAAAGAGAUCCUCAGUACUCACGGUCUUGGUCGUGUUGGUGCGCAGGGUAGCGUGGAGAAUUCCGUAGUCGUGCAUUACUACCCGACGUUGCACCAGAUUGUUGCUCGAAAAGCUAGUGAGAAGACUGUGGCGUGUAGUGCGGUAAGUCCGAACGGACAACGAGUUGUCUUAGGUGUCCCCGAGGAGGGUAAGCUCAAGGUGUGGGAUGUCUGGGCUAAACCAAGGAGUUACGAAAUGUCGAGGUUCGGUGGACCGACUAUCCGGUAAAGAGAGGAUACCGUGUUACUCAAAGUUAUCUACGUUUCAUAAUAAUGUAUUGAUAUGGUCUCUUUUUCCAUUUUUUUGUUUUGAAGUCUCGAAAGUCUGAACUAUGUUUUCCUCUCCAUUGUGUCAACUAACCACUGCGUCACUGUAUUCCUUGACAAACGUGUAUCAUAUACCGUAUACAUGGGGUACCUUAGCAUUAUAUCCAGAAUACAUUGAUAUCAUUGUAAAUCAUC